AUCAUGUUCUUUUCUGGUAAUAUUACACAAAAACAUUCACUAAUAAAAACCAUUAAAAUCUAUGCAAAUAAAUGUCUCCACAGGCUAAAAAUGCCACUUUUUAGCUGGGUGAAAUGGCCGAGAAAUGAUUCCUACACACACACACACUGUGCGGGCUCGAGUGUGGUGGCCAAGACUCUGCUUCGGGAACUAAAAUGGCACCUAAAGGAGCGUGGGAGAUUACUGCAGGAGAUCGGCAAUGACCAGAAAGGGAAGACAACGGGCGUGGACUACAGCUGGCUGAGAAACUCCCAGAACCCUCACCUGACAAUCCCAGCUCCCGAGCAAAGACAACUGGAAGUUCUCUGCUCACAGCUGCAGCCGUGCCACACCGGAGCUGUCCUCAGCAGAUUUCGAGAACUUCUGGCAGAAAACGAUGUUCUUCCCUGGGAAAUUGUCUACAUCUUCAAGCAAGUUCUGAAAGACUUCCUCAGCACUCCUGACAGAGGCAGCCAUCACGCUGCUCUGUGGGAUGCUAGCAUCGCCUGGCCCCCUGCCCCUGCACUCCCAGGUGAAAGCUCUGAGAGGCCAGACAAGGAUGAAAUACCCACGAUUUCAAGUUAUGUAGACAGAAAUGCCAAGAACAGGUUUCCGUCCGGCUCACACAGAGUAUGGGACCUGCCAUACUACAACCCAUCAAGUUGAGGACUUACAGGACCACCUGCCUCACAGUCGGAACUCUCAGCACUAACAAGAACAGUGAUAUAACCCCAAGUUUCUUUGCUACAAGGUCAGAGGUCGAAAUUCCUGUGCUGCCAACCUGGUGUAAGCAGUAUUGUUUUCUAACCACUCUAAAUAGUCAAUAUUUUCCUUGAAAAGUAUGCUUUUAACUAAAAUGUUACCUAAAUGUUUUAAGUAUUUUCUUAUACAACAUGUCACAGAACUAAAGAAAUUUAAUAUGAAGUUUGACAUAUUCUCUGUGAAACUUAAUUAACCUUGACUUUUACUAAGAGAGUCCAUGUGUAGAAU